AUGGCAACAAGUGGAAGAACAGUUACUCUUCAAAGUAGUGAUCUUAUGCAAUUUGUAGUUGAUAGAGAAAUUGCUAAAAAUUCUGGAGUUGUUAAAAAUCUUCUUGAAGAUUUUAGUGAAGAUAAUCCAACAGUUCCAUUCAUGAAUGUUCGUGGAAAAAUUCUUGAAAAAGUCAUUGAAUUUAUGACUUAUCAUCACAACCAUUCAUUUUUACUUGGUGAUGAUAAAGAAAAAGACUCAACUGCUAUUGAGCCUUGGGACAAAAAUUUUUGUAAUGUAGAUCAAGCAACAUUAUUUGAACUACUCCAAGCUGCUAAUUUCAUGGAUGUAAAAGGAUUACUUGAUGUUACAUGCAAAACUGUUGCUAAUAUGAUUCGAGGAAAAACCCCAGAAGAGAUUAGAAAGACAUUUGGUAUUGUUAAUGAUUUCACUCCUGAAGAAGAAGAACAAAUUAGAAAAGAGAAUUUGUGGUGUGAAGAACUCAAAUAA